AUGUUCCUGACGAGGGAAGUCGUCGUGGGGGACGGUUCAUGCACAGGUGGCCAAAUCAGCGACGGCGGGACUCACGCGGCCUACGUGGCACACGUGUUGUCGGAGCUGGCGACGGUUACGCCCACCACACCUAAGCUUUCGGACAUCACAGUUUUCCCCGGAAACGGCGUCAGUGGUUCCGUCCUGGGCGCGGCGACGUGUUUCGCUCCCAGUGACGCUGGCGUUUGCGCAAGCUGCCUCCUGGAGCUUCAACCGCUGCUUUUCGGCUCCUGCAGUACUUGGUCCGUCGGCUACAUUGAAAAAGACUCCGUUUGCGCCAUGGGUUUCAGAUCGGGUUAA